GUUUCUUUUGUGCUUCUAAAGCAAAAAUAACAUAAUUGGGGUGAGAGAGGCUCGAACUCUCGACCUCAGGAUUACUCAGACAGCUAUGAGACCUACGCGCUAGCCAACUGCGCCACCACCCCUUUGUUCUCUUUCCUCGGAAAUGAUGUUUAUGUAUAGAAAUUGAUACUUAUCGUUCCAGUUUUGUCUCUGUCGUUGUGGGUUACGACGAGAGAAAACUCUCUUUUCAGGUACGCACAACCCCAAUCCGCUUCUUCUCUUCUCUGCUCUGCUCUUUCUCAAUUCGUCCUUACGUAUCCUUCUCCUCACUCUUGGCUCCUGCUAAUUCCAGAGAUUAGGCUUGGGGGAUCUCUUUUCCGAGAUUAGGCAUGUUUUAGUCGUGAGCUCUUAAGGUUUUACCGAUGGUUGGACAUGUUGUAUCUCCAUCAUUAGGCAUUCAGCUACGGAUCCCCGAGCUUCAUUCUAGCAAAAGAAGCUUCCUUUCCAGGAACCCUCAUGUAAAAGUUGCCCGAAGGAAGCGUUUUGGGAGUUGCAACAUCACAUUGAAACGAUCAGGGGAAGCUCGGAAACUUUAUGUUUCUACUCCCUUGAAUCUCGGAGCGUAUUUGUCUAGGGGAGAGUCUUCUUGUAAGUGUACUUGCUUGGCAUCUCUCGCAGAUUUUGAUGCUGUUGCUGGUUCCGGCUGGGUCCCUAUCGGUGACCAAGUUCUCCUGAUGGCCAGCAUAUUCCUUACAUAUAUGGCUGGAGUGAUCCCUCUUCAAAACUCCGGUUACUCUUCCAGAAAGUACACCGUAGAGGAGAAUCCAGGUGUUGGAACUUCAGAAUCUUCUGGUAGGGACACAUAUUUUGAGGGUGAUUUGAAGUCUGUGUGGGAUGUGGUUAAAGGAAAGCUUUUAGAUUCUUUAGACGCCAUCAAGCGUGAGAGUACACUUGGAAACAGAGUCCUCAAAACCAAACCUCCCCAAGGGAAGCCCCCGCUGAGCUUGUAUGCCAUAUCUGAAGGGCCCCAAGUGUACUUGCUCUGGUCGUGUUUUCAGAAACUUGAAGAAGAGACAAAUAAGAUGUCUAACAAAAUCAAUUCGGAGGAGUGGAUGGUUAGUUUUACUGAUAUUGUCCGCGAAGCAUAUCAAGGAGCAUGCACGGCUUGGCUAAAAAAGGAACUGCGUGUGGAAAACACUGAUUCUGACAAGGCGAUUACUCCUUUGCUGAUCAAAAUGCUAAAUGAAAAGGACGCUAUUUUUGAUAAAAUAAGAAAAUCAGGCAAGGAGGAUCUGUUUGCAGAAUUUUUAUAUUUCCAUAAAUUUGGGUCUUCCGGGAAAGCUUCCUGCUACGACCUUAGCUUGUUUCGCACUCACGGAGUUGCCAUUUUGGAAGACUUCAUGAUAACUUUAGCAGAUGGGGUCGCUAGCAUCUAUCUAGAGCUCAUCUCUGUAGACAGCAAGUUUUCAACUGAGAUGAAUAGUGGAGGAUUAGAUAUCUGUAACCUUUCUAGUAGAGCACUCCAAAAGCUACGUAAUGAGGUAGCUCUAUACCAGUGGUUGCAUCAGAACAUGGAAGCAGUUGUGUCGAUGUAUGAGGAUCGAUUUGACCUCUACAUUCUUCAAACUCAGGUUAUCAACAACCUUGAUGGUGGUAAUAAUACAGAAAGCCCAAGUUGGUGGAGAAAGCUUACACCGAGAAAAACUAGAGCUGCCUCAUCAUCACCCUUGCGAUACUCCAUAAUAAGCGAUUUCUCAUUGCCCGUUAAACGAACAAAGGAGCUUAAGGCUCUAUCGGGAUGGAGGUACUACUUCAGUCUGUUUCUGGAGUUAGCAGACAUUGGAAUGCCAAUUAUCAGAGUGGUGUUGGAUAAAGUGAGUAGCAUCAUAUCCUUCUUUCUUGUCACCUUGAUCGGUAGAUCAGUCGGGCUCAUCUUCACCGGGAUUAGACAAUCUCUCCGGUGGAAAUGAAAUUCUCAUAACUGUAAUAGUAAUUUUUUUCCAUCGACCUUAAUUUUUUUGGUGUCCUUUUGAUGAUUCUUGUUUGGUAAGUGAUGUUUUGGUGAUAUAUAAUAUUAGCUUCUAGUUUUGGCAUUGACUCCAUUGAUUCAACAACAUUGCCAUUGUCGUUGGUGCUUCUGUUUGUUUUUUCCUCUCUGCAAAAGAGUGUAUUUUUUUAAUGUCUUUUGUCAAAUUAGAAAAAAAAACUAUGUUCUUCCA